CGGAGGAGUGGUGCUCUCCUGCUUCAGCACGUCAAUCGUUAUCUCUCCUAACCUUUUUCGGGGUGGCUCGCAAGGUUUUUUUUGUCGAGCAAAAAGAAAAAAAAAACCCACUAUAAUAUCAUUAUUAUCAUCAUCAUCAUCAUUAUUAUUAUCGUGAAACCCAAGUGCCGCCAAAAAAAAAAAAAAUGUCGUUAUCAUUGUUUUCGCUUUCCUGAGGUUUAACGAAAAAAAAAAAAAAAAAAAAAAAGAAAACAAAAAGGAAAAGGUUCGUUCAUUGGCAAUCGUGCGGAGAGAGAGAUUCUUUUUUUUUUUUAAUAAUAAAUAAAAAUUUUAAUUAAUUCGACUCUCGUUUUCAAUAUACGAAUAGUUUUUUUAAAAAAAAAAAGAAGAGGACGAAGAUAAUUAGGAAGGAAAACGAGUUACAAGGAUUUUUUUUUUGCUUUGGAUUUGAAACGGAAUUUUAUUUCGUUUUUUGGUUAUUUAUUUUUUUUCUGUGUCCAUUGGAAAAGUUUGGAAUUUUUUUUUUUUCUAUCUACACCCUCGGUUUGUAGGAUAUAUUUAUUAUUUUUUUUUCCGUCAACGGAAAUGGCCUCCUCCACGAGAGGAAUUCAAAUUGGCUCCGCCUGGUUUCAAAAGAGAAUUAGUUUAAGACCUCAACAUCGAGGUAUUCAUCUUGUAACUGAAGAAAUUCUCAAGGAAAUACCGGAAAUUUGUCAAUUUUCCGUUGGUCUUUGUCACAUACAGAUUCUUCAUACAUCGGCGAGUUUAGCAUUGAAUGAAAGUUGGGAUCCAGAUGUAAGGGACGAUAUGGAAAUGAUGCUUAAUAAAAUAGUUCCCGAGGGUUUAGAUUAUAGACAUAGCUGUGAAGGUCCAGACGAUAUGCCGGCACAUGUGAAGGCGUGUUUUCUUGGCUCAUCAUUGAGUAUUCCAAUCACCGGUGGAAAAUUGGCACUUGGCACAUGGCAAGGUGUUUGGCUAUGUGAACAUCGCGAUCAAGCGGGUAGUCGUAAAUUAUUAUUAACAUUGACUGGUUGCUUAAGGGACUCGGCACGCAGUCCCUUAAGUCCCGUGAGUCCCAUUGCAUCGACAAGCAGCUAGGACCAAUCUCACCCCCAAAGGCGUGGCCGACGUCAGCUACGCAUAUCCACUUCUAGCGAAUUGAGCUAGCAGCUGCCUACAUUAGCCGAAUACUAAAAAAAAAAACAAAAAAAAAAGAAAAUAACAAACAAACAAACAAAAUAAAUAAACGAACAGAAGGAAGGAAGGAAAGAGAAAAAUAAAACGAAAAGAGAGAAAAAAAUACCAAAGAAAAAGAGAAAUAAUCCUUUAUCAGGGAUUAAUAAAUUUUCUUCUAAUUUAAAAAAUAAUUUUUGUUUUAGAAAAAAGGAAAUUUUUGCAUUUGAGAAAUAAUAAUAAAAUCAGAAAAAUUCGAGAUCUAAAAAAAAAAAAAUUUUUUUUGCAAAUGGGGAAAAAAUUGGUUAAAUUUUUUCUCUCUGCUUUUUCUUUUUUUCGAAACUCAUUUUUUUUUACUUUUUUUCUUUAAUUAAUUAUUCAUUACUCGAAUUUAUUUAUUUCAUUUGAAUUCGAGACGAAAGGAAAGAAAGAAUGCAAAAAAAAAAGGAACGAAAAAAAGAAAAACCGAAAGAGAUUGAAAAAAAGAAAAAUAGAAUCAGAAAAGAGAUAUUGAAAAGAAAAUUUCAAGAAAAAGAAGGGGAGAAAUUAAUUUUUUUUUUUUUAUUAAAUUUUGAAAUAAGAGACGGAAUUUUUUUUUUAAAAUGAAGAAAAAAGAAAUUUUUUUAGAAGAAAAUUUUUCUUCGAACAAAGAAAAUAGACAAAAAAACAAAAAAUUGUAGAGAAAAACAAAAUUAGAAUUGAAAUUAAAAAUCAAGAAAAAAAGAAAUUCCAAAAAAAGUGGAUAAAUCCUUUUUUUUCUACGUAAUUAAACAAUGCAUUUUCUCAAGAAACUAAAAAUAAUUAAAAAAAAAAAAAAAAAAAAAAAAAAGCUUCGGCUUUUUCACGCGAUGUGGCACAAAAGAAAAGUUAUAAAACUUCACUGCUUUAUCGUAGGCUAGAAAUUUUUUUAUCAAUAAAACAAUUUUCCAUCGCAUUUUUUGGGGGUGUAAAUAAAACGAAAACUUACAUUUAAAAAAAGAAGAAGAAGAAAAUAUAAAAAAAAAAAUUCGUCUUCGCUAUUUUUGAACACUGCUAAAAAAAACAAAACAUUUUUUUCAGUGAAAAUUCAAUACAAAAAAAAGCAAAGACGAAUAAAGGAAGAAAUUAAAAACAAAAUAAUUACGAAGAAAAACAAAAUACAUAUAUGGACGAUGUAAAUAAUUAAAAUAAUAAUUAAAAUAAUAAU